CAAUCUCUUGUAAGAGUUCAAUAAACCUCUGUUUUGAUAGCUAAUGAUUUGUAGUAACACAAAACUAGGAAACUUUUUUCUAUCAAUAAAGCCUCUUUGUUAUCUUAUCAAUCUCUUGUAAGAGUUCAAUGGGAGCAGGAGCCGCCCAAUGUCUUCUUGGAGCCAGCGAAGCUCCGUCUUUCCCACCAAACACGUUGGGUUCUCUCUUCCCGCGUUGCACCACCCUGCGUUCUCUCCACCAACUCCAUGCUCAGCUCAUCAUCAAUGGCGUCCACCUUUCCACCAUCUUCGCUUCCAAGCUUGCCAACUCCUACUUCUGCUUCGGCUCCCCUUCCCAUGCCCGCAAGGUGUUCGAUCAAAUUCCUGUCAAGAACUCACAUUCAUGGAACACCAUGUUGUCCGGCUACUCGAAGACUAAUAACUUGUUCGAGCUCCUACACCUCUACAAGUUAGCUCGGGCUGAGAAUCAUCAGCCUGAUAGCUUCGCGCUGGUUUUCGCAAUCCGGGCUUGCACUGGACUGUCUCUUCUAAAGCAAGGGCUAUCAUUUCACUUGGAAGCCAUUCGAGCAGGUCUUGAAUCCAGAGACUAUGUCGCUCCGGCUCUUAUCAGUAUGUAUAUUGAAUCAGGUUGUUUGGUUGAUGCAGAGAAGGUUUUCAAUAUAGUUUCUGCUGAGAAUUGUUCUGUUUGGAAUCUACUGAUGCAAGGAUAUUCAAGAGCUUCUAUGGAUGUUCAUGUUUUUGAUUUGUUCAAUCGGAUGAGAAGGUGUGGACUAGAAGUAGACCCUUGUUCUGCCCUGUAUUUUGCUCGGGCAUGUGGGAAUUCCGGUGCUGGUAAAGAAGGACAAGCAAUCCAUGGCCUAUCCAUUAAGAAGAAUUUCUUGGAGUUUGACAGUAAUGUCUAUCUACAGACCGCCCUGAUCGACAUGUACAAGAAGAGUGGCUUCAUUGAUUUUGCUUGCAAGCUAUUUCAUGAAAUGCCUCUGAAGGAUGUUGUUGCAUUUGGCGCCAUGAUAACUGGUCUUGUGCACUGUGGAAAAGCAUAUGAGUCACUUAGUGUUUUCAGGAACAUGUUGGGAGAGGAGAUUAUGCCGAACAAGAUCAUCUUUGCUAGUGUUUUACUGGCUUGUUCACACUUGGGAGCUUUACAGCAAGGGAAGAGUGUUCAUGGGUUUAUGGUCAGGAAUGGGAUUGAAUUAGAUGUUGUCACUUAUUCUGCUCUGCUUGACAUGUAUGCCAAAUGUGGAUCCAUUCAGUCUGCGUACAAUGUGUUCAGUGAAAUGCCUGAGAGGAAUGUGUAUACUUGGAGUGCAAUGAUCGGAGCUUAUGGAAUGCAUGGAAUGUGUUCGGAAGCAAUUGCUCUUUUCGAUCGUAUGAAGUCCGAGAACUGUGCGCCCAAUCAUGUAACGUUUGUUUCGGUAUUGGCUGCUUGCAGUCAUUCAGGCCGGGUUCAAGAAGGGCGACAAUUUUUCCAUUCUAUGAUUAAAGAUCACAAGAUAACUCCGACAAAUGAGCAUUAUUCAUGCAUGGUUGAUCUGUUAGGCAGAGCAGGGUUAGUAGAUGAAGCCGAGGCAUUGGUUGAGGCAAUGCCGGGUGAACCGAGUGCUAGUGUUUGGGGAGCUCUGUUAGGUGCUUGUAGAAUGCAUAAACACAUUGAAUUAGCAGCUCGAGUGGCUGACAAACUAUCUGUUUUAGAACCCAAUCAACCUGGUGCGCAUGUAUUGCUCUGUAAUGUUUACGCUGCAGCUGAAAUGUGGGGGAUGGUGAAGAAGACUAGGGAAGCAAUGACUGAGCGAGGUAUACGCAAAACGACCGGCUUUAGCACGAUUGAAUUUGAUCGAAGAGUUUAUAUUUUCAAUGCGACGGAUAGGUUGGAAGGAUGUCACAAGGAAAGAAUUGCAGAGAUUUUGUCUGUGGUGAGUAGCCAAAUGAAAGAACUGGGGUAUGCACCGGACUCGUCAUUUGUUUGUUCUUCAUGAUGUUGAAUCCAGAGAGUAGAUUCUCUGCAAGAUUUUUAAUGAAAAUGAAAUACCAUAUGUCAAGCACAAUUGAAACAUAUCUAUUUGCACAAUAGUCAAACAAAGAGUUGGUGAAGCUGUUAAGGAAGCCAUGAUGAUGAAGAAAAUCAAUUGUUCUUAGUGUUCAAGCAAGCUUUCAGUACAUAUAAUAUAUAAAUAUCCGGCUUAAAGAAACCAUUGGGAUUGGGGCUAUGAAAAGCUAAUGUUAUGUGGGGAUAUUGCAUUAAUACAGGCCAAUUUAUCAAGGAAUUGAUUUAAAAAUG